UGUAAUCAAGACAUCAACAGUGUAAUCAAGGACAUCUACAUUGUAAUCAAGGACAUCAACAGUGUAAUCAAGGACAUCUACAUUGUAAUCAAGGACAUCUACAGUGUAAUCAAGGACAUCUACAUUGUAAUCAAGGACAUCUUCAUUGUAAUCAAGGACAUUUUCAUUGUAAUCAAGGACAUCUACAGUUGUAAUCAAGACAUCAACAUUGUAAUCAAGGACAUCUACAGUGUAAUCAAGGAUAUCUACAUUGUAAUCAAGGACAUCUACAGUGUAAUCAAGGACAUCUACAGUGUAAUCAAGGACAUCAACAUUGUAAUCAAGGACAUCUACAGUGUAAUCAAGGACAUCUACAGU